CCCUCGUGUUCGUUGUCGAUCCUCCGUGCAAUCACAUCGGCAGCAAGGGUGUACCUGAGAUUCGAAGUUCGGAAAUCGAAGUUUAUUCUCUCGCCUGAUAUACGAUAAGCGUACGCGCGAUCUCUCACAGCUGACUGGGGUCUGCCUUGUGUCGUGGAGGGAAGAGUCAUAGGUCCAAUGGAGAAAUUUUGUCGCCGCCUCAAUGGCUCGAUUAUAUUCGUUGCUGAUGGACGAGGAGCCCGACAGUCUGUACCCGGGACGACUUCUGCAUCAGGCGGCCUUGUGGGGAAACGCGGAACUCUUAGAAGAUCUCCUCCAUGGGGAAGAGAUCGAACAGAUCAAUACUUCGGAUGACUCCGGACGCACCGCGCUAUUCGAUGCCUGUACCAACACCGAUCCCAUCUGUGCGCGGAUCCUCCUUCAAGCUGGAGCGGAGCCGAAUGUUGCGGCCGGAGAGCGAGAGCAUGGUCGUACCCCGUUGCACGUCGCGGCAGAUGCAGCGAAUCUGGAAGUGGUCGCUCUGCUCAUCCAACACGGCGCGAAUAUAUCUGCACAGGACAGCGACGGUCACACACCAUUCGAUUUGGCCGAGAAAGCCGGCCAUAUAGCGGUCAUGGAAGCGCUUCGGAAAGCGUCGGAACAACAGGAACUGCAGAAGAUGGGCCACUUCGCAGAGCUGUGGGAAUCUUGUCUGGAAAACAAUGUCGCGAAGGUCCGGGAAAUUCUCACGAAGCUCGAUCCAGACGCUGCUGAGGUGGUCAAUCUGACGCUCGACGGAGGCAAUACACUCCUCUACAAGGCAUCCGAAGACGGCCAUGUUGCCUUGGUCAAGACUUUGAUCGAGUUCGGGGCGGACGGGAGAUUGCAUCCCUUGACCCGACAUUCGCCCCUGUAUAUAGCCGCGUCGAGAGGGAGGAAGGAAGUUGUGGACCUGCUCCUGGACCAAUUCCCCGAUCUUGCCCGGCAAGCCACAGUCGAGAAGUGGUUAGCUAUCCAUGCCGCGGCCCUGAAUGGUCACUUCCGAAUCGUCGAGAAACUCUUCAACCAUCAAUAUCCACCAUCGAUGAAGAACGCCUACAGAGACCCGUCGGGCAAAUGGGAAUUCACGAUGCCGUUCGACAUCAACGCCAAGGACGUCGCCGACCAGAGCGCCCUUUACGCCGCUUGCAGACUUGGGGAUCAACGGACGGUCGAAACACUUCUGAAAUUAAAAGUCUGGGCGCAUCGAGUCGUGUCCGAUCUUAGUGAUACAUCGGUUCUGGAGGAGAGUCCUAUACGUGGGAACAGCGGAAAGCUUCGGUCGAUAAUGACGAGAUUGUCGAUGGAAAAUUCGGGCGAGGAAAUUCCUUCGGACUUGCGACAAAUUUGCCCGUUGCGUCUCAACGACUACAAUCGCUCGGAUUUGGGACGCGAGGAAACAGCUCUACACGCUGCUGUGCGUAAUAAGCACUAUGCCAUAGCGUCGGCACUCGCGAGAGCCGGCGCGGAUCCCAACCUCGUCGCCAAAGGUGAGGACGAGCGGAGCCCGAUCGAAGAUGCUUGUCGACAUCGAGACAACCAGAUGAUGGAUCUCUUAUUGAGACAUGGAGCCACGGAUACUGAUUUGGGUGGGCUGCGGGCGGCAGCUGCUGUCAACGACGACAAAGCCGUUGCGAAACUCCUUUCGCUCAAGGCUCAUAAAGAUAAUGAGAACAAGAUUCAUUCGCGUUUCAAUCAGGUGAAUAAAAAAGCUCUAGAAGCUCUGUCGGACUCGGCAUACGCCGCCGCUCUCCUGGUGCCAAACACUCCGGUGAUGAUAAAUUGGCAUCAGCUCGGCUGCCAGUUCUCUCGACUUGACGAGCAAUGGUUGAUCGAUGCGGGCAUGGUUCUCAACAUGAAGCUGAAACUGUCUCCGAAUAGCCGGUUGCCGGCACUCGGUGCUAUUACCAGAUUGGACAUCUCGGCUAACGAGCUCAUAGAGCUCCCAGACUGCGUUUUCACGGCCAUGCCUUCGCUGAAGGUUCUAACGGCCGCCCAGAACAAGAUAGCGGCUCUGCCAUCCGCGUUCUCAGUGGUGCACUGCAGCCUCGAAGAACUUCAUCUGCAGGACAAUCGGAUCGAGGAGAUACCGACCGUGUUCUUCCGAUUGCCACAGCUGCAAUUAAUGGACGUCUCCAACAAUAAGAUACAACAGGUGCCUUCGGAGAUCUGGCAUUCGCCGAGACUGAAAGAUCUAAAUCUCUCAAUGAACUUGUUGAGGGACCUCCCCGGUGCUCUUGGCUAUCAGCAAGAGCCGAUUCUAACCUAUCAAGACCAGGAACUCGAAGAGCCUCCGGUGAAAAACGAUCCAUGCAUUCCGCAACCGCUGAAACACCACACCAAAUGGCGGGGCUGUUUACAGCUGGUCGACAGUCAUCCCGAGGAGUCGACUUCGACUCGGGCUCUACAAUCACUCAAUUUAUCGCACAACGCAUUCGAAUGGGUGCCAUCGGUCCUGGCCUGCAAUGCGCCUCAGUUGGCGAGGCUCUCGCUGGCCUACAACAAACUUAUUUACGUAGGACCUCUGAACUGUUACCCUGCACAAAUUCGACACUUGGACCUGAGCUGUAAUCAAAUCGGCGAAUGGCUAGUUACCCCGACGAGUCCGCACAUAGAGCCCUGUUCGGCCGAUGCGCGUGAACAGCCGUCUGGAACAGGGAGCAACAAACAUCGAUGCGUCCACAGAGCUCACAUGAGACUCGAGUCCUUGCGCACUCUCCUGUUGGGGAAUAAUCGCAUCGCUCAAGUAGUCCUCUCGGCCGUCGAACGGGACGAGGAGAAACUCUUGUUUCCGAAUUUGUCCAUGCUCGACAUGGCGAACAACGCACUGACCGUCAUUCCAACGGCCAUUUCCGAGCUGCAAGCGACGCUUUCCGUUUUGAACCUGAGCGGGAACAUCGGCAUCGUUCAACUUCCCCCCGAAAUCGGACUGUUGAACAAGUUGUGGAAUCUGAACCUGCGAGGAUGUAGUCUACAGGAACCCUUACGAACGAUGAUCGAGUCGCGGAAAUACAAAACGAUGGACAUCGUCGGCUACCUCAAGUCGAUUCUCGAAGACGCCCGACCCUACGCGAGAAUGAAGCUCAUGGUUGUAGGCACACACGGAAUCGGGAAAACAUCUCUACUGGAGGUCCUCCGCGGCGAGGGCUCCGGUCGCGCGAAGGCUCCGGAACAUUGGGCGAAACGAAUGGGAAACAAGAACAUCAAUCUCAAAAACUCCAAGGGGGUGUCUCUAUCCACAGUUGGCGUCGACGUGGGAGAUUGGGUUUUCGAGAGGAAGCCGGGCCGGGGACCGGUCCUUUUCCGAACGUGGGAUUUCGGCGGACAACGAGAGUAUUACUCCACCCAUCAGUAUUUCCUAUCGAAACGCUCGCUGUACUUGGUCGUGUGGUCGAUGCUCGAAGGGGAGCGCGGCGUUCGCAGUCUGCAUCAGUGGCUGGUGAACAUUCAGGCCCGGGCGCCCAACUCGCCGGUCAUCAUCGUGGGCACGCACCACGAUCUCGUCCAGGAGAAGUUUCCCAUGUCGUACAGCGAGGAUCUCCAGCAGAUGGUUCGGGAUCGUUUCCUCCAAACGGUCGAUGCGGACAAACGUGGUCUACCGAGAAUAAUCGAUUCCAUCGAAAUCUCCUGCAAGACGAAGCACAACAUACGCCGUCUCUCGGAGCUCAUAUACGAUACGGCGUAUGAUCUCCGAUCGCCGGGAAGCAAGGAACGCCUGCUGGAACAGAGGAUCCCGGCGAUUUACCUCGCCCUCGAAGACAUCGUGCACCAUCUCGGAGCCGAGCGCCGUGUCAAGGGCAAGGAUCCGGUGCUGAAAAGCGAGGAGUUCCUCAAGAUUGUGGGCGAGGAAAUGAAAAAGCGAUUCAACAUGACGUUCCGCGACAAGUACGAACUGAACCAGGCGUCCAUGUUCCUCCACGAAAGCGGCGUUCUUCUGCAUUACGAAGACGCGACGUUGCGUGAUCUCUACUUCAUCGAUCCGCAAUGGCUCUGUGAUAUGUUGGCACACGUGGUCACGAUCCGUGAGGUGAACCCUUUCGCACGACAAGGCAUAAUGCGAGUAGAGGAUUUGAAAAUCGUUUUCAAAGCGUCGACGUGCGCCCCUGCCGAUCCCGAAUCGUAUAUUCUCAGCUUGUUGAAUAAAUUCGAGGUGGCUCUCACAUGGGACGGACGAAACCUCCUCAUACCGUCGCUGCUGCCGACCGAAGAUCAGAUCCGGGCCGGUGCUGACGUCAAGGUUCCUGUGCGCUCUCGGAGCUGGGUGCCGCGGGGGCAGAAAACUACUUCAACGAAUGAUCUUUCAAGAAGCGGGAGCGUUUCUUCCGUUCAUACGGAAUCGAAUCAGGGCACGCCCCUGCACCUCAGAGACUGCAGCACUCAGACCAACGUCAUUAAAGACCUCGGACGAGAGAUAAGUCGAAUUAUCAUUCUCUCGUACCUGCCUUCGGGCUUCUGGCCGCGACUGAUCACUCGAAUCCUAGCCGACGAUCUUAUAAUGGAAGCUUUGCGAUUCUACUACGUCGCCCCUCCGGAAGCCCCGCCGUUGACAGCCGAAAUGCGAAAAUCCGCCGAGUGGGUAUGUUGGCAAACCGGAGUCGAACUCCGCUACAUGGGCGUGACGGUUCUGCGUAUCGCUGAAGUUCUGUCGCAUGUGCCAACGUUCCCCGACUACUUGGACUCGACAAUCAGAGUCAAAUGCGAGCAACACUGGGAAACCAUCGACGUGAACACGUACACGAUUCUCGGCGUACGAUUGCCGAGGAAUGCAAUCAAACUCGAUGUUUUGCUCGCGGCCGAAGACCCGAAGUUCGAGGAAACGAAGCUCCACGAGACCCAUGUGCUGAAACCGAGUGAUGAGGCUGUGACCCAACUCCUCUCGUUGGCCGUCGAGCGCAUCGACACUUUAUUGGAAGACUGGUACCCGACAUUGGGAACGAGAUUCGUCCACACGUCGGAAGGACGUUUUCUUGUUACGCGCUUGGUGCCGUGCAAUCGCUGCGUGAAGCAGGCCCAAGAAGUGGCCACAUGGAGACAGCCGCGACGUGCUCAAGUUGCGAACUAUCAGAGCGAGAGCGGAGACUCAGGAGUUUUCGGUAACGGCUCGUCUGACGGCAAUCGGCGUCACUCAGCUCCAGUCAUGCAGGACGAAGGCAAUAGCGCCCCGGGCCCUCCAGACGAUCGUCCGAUUCUUCACUGUUUCACUGUUGAGGAAUGCAUUCUCGCUUCACACGAACAUCAGGCCAUGGUCACCUGUCAGGAACAUGGCACGAUUCUGUUGUCAGAACUUGCUCCGGAUGCGGUAUUCAUCGACAUGAGUGGGCGCUUCCUGGUGAAUCCGGAUUGUCUCAAGCGCGGGAAAAUGCUUGGCAGAGGAGCUUUUGGGUUUGUCUUCAAAGCAUCCAUGCGAACAAAACAGGGUUAUCAAGACGUUGCGUUGAAAAUGCUGCAGCCUGUCGAUCCUGGUUUCGGGGCCCGCCAGAGUGACAGCAUGGCGUACAAAGCCGCGAAUUCGAAAUGGCAGAGAGAUCCCUUGCAGUACGCGGCCAAAGCGUAUUACACCGCACGCCAGGAGCUCCUCGUACUCCAGGCUCUGAAACAUCCCUGCAUUGUGCCACUCAUCGGUGUUUGCCCGCGACCGCUGGCUUUGGUUCUGGAACUUGCGCCGAAAGGGGCUCUUGACGCUAUUCUCCGGGAGUAUCGACGUUGCGGAGCCCGCGUGGAUCCUUUCGCGCUGAGAGCCACUGCGCUGCAGGUCGCUCGAGCUCUGGAGUAUUUGCACCAGCAGCGAAUUAUAUACAGGGAUCUGAAGAGCGAGAAUGUUUUGGUCUGGGCAUUCCCCUCGACCAAUCAACCCGAAGGAGCUGUCCGGGUCAAACUCGCGGAUUACGGAAUUUCAAGAGCGGCUCUACCAACGGGGACGAAGGGCUUCGGAGGAACCGAGGGUUUUAUGGCACCGGAAAUCGUGCGGCACAACGGCGAGGAAGAGUACACAGAGAAAGUCGAUUGUUUCUCAUUUGGCAUGUUCCUCUACGAGAUGAUAGCUUUGAGACCACCCUUCGAAGGCAGUGAUUGCGUCAAAGAUCAUAUACUGGACGGAGGGAGACCCAUGCUGAGCCACAGGGAAGCUCAGACGACUCCCGGAUACCAAUUGGAUCUCAUGACGACCUCGUGGUCGCAACUGCCUCAGGAUCGACCCUCAGCAUCGCAGAUCGUAUCCAUCGUGACAGCGCCGGAGUUCAGCCACUUUUUGGACUCGGUUUCCCUCAAAUGGGACACCCUGGCCGCGUGUGCCGUCGACAGGCAGCUGUGGAUGGCGAGAGUGGACGGGAAAGCUCAAGUUUUGAACAGCGAUGGCGGCAACUGGUCCCAGCUGAAGAUUGUGCCGGUGGAAAACGGCUGCGUGAUCUCGUCUCUCUGUUUCGACGGACUCUCGAACGUAUGGCUCGGAGACAAUCGAUCCAGGAUUCACGUUGUCGAAGCGCACACAUACCUUCGCACUCGUGUCCUCGAAGUGCAAUGCGAUUCUGCCAUCUCUCACAUCUCGUUGUAUCAGACUCACGACGAGUACAUGAUGGCAGCUGUCGUCACCGAGAAGAGACAGGUGUGGUGGACAUGUGUCAAAUCGUGCGAGGUACGACAAGCACAGGAUGAACAGGAGGAACAACUGUCACACCAGAUGGAUAGCCUCAUCUACGAGGAAGCCUUCUGCUUCAAUGAAUUGCUCAAACUCGGUCCCGUGCUCAACACGAAAUUCGUGAAAACCGCCGAUCCCGACAUAAUCGACCUGUGGUGUGGCUGCGAAGCAGGAAACAUCGGCGUGGUGCGGUUCGAGAAACGCUCUCCGACCAAUCAGUGGACCGUGUCUCACACAGUUACUGGAAGCGACGUGGCGUCGAUCGAAACGGCGCCCAGCAUACCGGAUGUCGUCUGGUCGUAUACAAGACCAGGAAGCUUCAUUCAUCAGUGGGAUUGCAAGAAAAAGACCAAGACACACAAGCUCGAUUGCUCGAAACUCAUUCCGUGCUCGGAGAGCAUUGUGUCCAUUGGAUUGGAAGAGGAUAUCCGACCUUCUCAUUGUCAAGUGUCGGCGAUCUCGAUACAGGAUAACGGGAAUGAUCCGCUGCUGUAUGCCGGCACAACGUGGGGGUGCGUUGUGAUCGCGCGGGCCCAAGGACUCCGACCCAUUACAGUGUUCAGGCCCUUCGAGCAGGAGGUGCGAAUCAUUUGCCCUUUCAGCGUCGGACAAAUGGUGGCGACGCUCGGCACAGGAUACAGGAGUCUCAUCCAACGGUAUUUGUGUUCGGAGGAGAAACACUCGAUAAUCGACGUGAACUACGUGCUUCUUUGGAAUAGCAUCAAGUGGGAGGACCAGAACGAGGAUGUGUAG